UAAAGUUAUUGUGACGAUGUCGUCAGGAAAUAAGUAAAUGUUUAUUAAUCCUAGUUAUUAGUCAUUUUUCAUUUAUAAAAUGAUUCGAGUUCAUUAUUCAUGGGAAUCGAAGUGACGUGUAUCUAGUAUGUGAAUCUGCGGUCGUCAUAGGAUAACGAUGCAGAUGGUGACGUCUUGGGGGACGGCCCAGUUACCUUUAUCUGGAUGACGUGCGCUGCUCAAAGAUUGGGAAGCGGCUGGCGGAAGUCAAGCCAGUGAGUGCACCUCGCGGAGCUCCGUUCGAAGACUCGCGAUUUAUUGUUUUAUCCGAGGCAAAAGUGUAUAAUCUGCAUCCUAAUCAAUCGCGCUCUGGAUCAUUAAAAGGAAAUCAUGGUAUCCUCGUCAUUGUGUUACAAGCGGAUGGUCGUUUAGACGCUGCAGGGCUAACAGUACGAGUGAGCAGUUCUAAAACCUGGGCGGAAUUGACGGAUUGGGAGCCUCCAGCCUGUAUACUAACUUCUGGGAAGUUCCAGCAAAACGUGGACCAGACUAUUAAAAGUAAACGGCGUCGUGAGUACACUACUAGGCCAGUUCUGAUGACUGUUUUCAAGUGACUUGACUGUUGACUGUUUUUUCAUCAUGGGAGAAAUGUAUUUAUAUAUGUUCUCCUUUAUUGAUGAUGGGUACUAUAUGUCUUAAAUUGUUGUAAUUAUUAGCCUACUGAUUUUGUGACUUUAUUACUGAUUUUGUGAUUUGGAAUAAUUUUGUUUCUUUUUUGUAGUUUUGUGGUGGGUAAAUUUGUGAACUAUUUUUUGUUGUGGUUGUUUUUUCUUUUUCAAACCAAAAAGUCAUUUUGAGACACUUGAAACGGUGUUGAUGUUGUUAAUAUAUAUAUUUGAAUGAAUUCUAGUUGUUUGUCAUAUUGAUUGUAGUAGUGGUCUAUUUAAGAGAGUUUCUUUUGGGUAUUAUUGCAUUGCCAUUUUUUUUUCUCAUAUAAGUGAGGGGUUUUGUGAAGGACAAACCAGACUGCACAAGACCUUUGAACGUUUUCGUAAACUGAACUAAAUUAAUGACAGAAAUUCUGUCUGGCACCCCAGCAUAAAAGAAAACAACCUAAAACAAAGAGAGUGUGAAAACGUUACAUAAAAAUGGCACCCCAGAUGGGACCUAAAUAUUAAACACUUGUGAGAAGAAAAAUGCACUCUCAUCAGACCCUUUUCAUUUCAAUGACUAAAAACAACCCCUAAUUCUUCAAGCAAAAUGGCUGCAUCUCCAAGUAGGUCUUGCCAUGAAAUGGAGGGAGAUCGAAACCAAACCCUAAACAAGACUUUUAAAGAGGAUCUUAUGGAUGUUAUGGCUUUAGAUCAAGAUGGAAUUCAAUCCUUUCCUCCUAGUACCCUCCCUAACAGUACUUUGGAAGGUUUUCAGGCCAUUUCAUCUCAACGCACUCUGCUAGAUAUGGACUUAACAGGAAGUUUUGAUCUCAGACCCCCAAUAUCAUCUUCAUCUCAACCCUCAUUAGGAUUAACUGGAUUUAUGGACACUCUGACUCUUCCGCAAUUGAGUGAAAUGACCAGAACACAAUAUCAGAGUCUAAAAGACACCUUGUUUACUGAAGUUGAAGAGCUGAAAAACACUAUGGAUACUCUCACCUUGCAUGUUGAUGCUGCAUCUGUGAAACAAACUACAGAAAUAAAACAGCUUAUGAGUAAUCAGUUUGAGUAUUUCAGGAAGGAGUUUAAUAAUAUGCUGCAUUGGCAACUAAAGAAUCAUCAUGCAGAGGUAUUGAAGGAUUUUAAUACCGUAAUGGAACCAAUGGCUAAUACUCUGGAUCUCAUACAAAAGACUACUGAUCAAUAUACUCAACAAAUGAAUACCUUUCUUGCUCAGACAAGUUCAAAUAGUAAUUUACAGAAGGAACUCCACCAGUGUACACAACAUUUUCAUAAAUUAGCUAAAGACAUUGAUGCUCUCAAGUCAUCACAGCAGAGUUCAGUGAAAGCCAAUGUUUCUUCUACCAUUACGUCACCUUCUGUUUCGACUGUUGUGGAAAUGCCGGUGGUGAGUACCAGAUUACAGCGACUCCAUUCAACAUUUCAAAGUGGUCUGGGUGACUCCGAACCUAAUUCCACAAGUGAAGUGGUUACCACUGUUGAAGGUAGAGGACGUCUUUUGAGUAGACAGCCCGUGAAAAUCCAGUUCCCAUGCUUUGGCCGACUAGAAGACUGUGAUGAUCCAUUGAUCUUUCUGGAGAAAUGUUAUGAUUUCAUGGCUCUUCACCCUCUUUCUGAUGAAGAAGUAAUAGCAACCCUUAGGAAUGUGCUCCAUGGCACCGCUAGAGACUGGUGGGAUGUUGCUCGACUUGAGACAAACACUUGGCAGGAGUUUGAAGCCAAGUUUCUUGCUGCCUUCUUGUCAGAAGAUUAUGAGGAUGAGUUAGCGGAGAGAGUAAGAACACGUGUACAGCAGGAAGGUGAGAGCAUACGAGAUUUUGCUUACAUGUACCGAGCUCUGUGCAAACGAUGGAAGCCACAAAUUGAAGAGGAUGAAGUUAUUAAGUUAAUCUUGAAGAACAUCAAUCCUCAGAUGGCAAGUCAACUUCGAAGUAAUGGAGUCACUUCUGUGGAUGGUUUAGUCCGUCUUGGACAACAGUUGGAAAAAGACAAAGAAAAUCAAUUACAGUAUGAACAACAGAAAAAACCUUGGAAACACAGAAUAAAUAGUCCUGCUCAAAGUCAGUUGGCUAACCCAGUACCAGCUUCAGCAUCACAGGACUCCUCUAAAUCUCCCUUCUGUUGGCGGUGUAAGGGCCCUCAUGCUCCAAAUUCUUGUCCUCAGGGUGGGCCUGUUAAGAACAAAAACUAUAAAGGUCAGCAAGGUCCAAGUCCUGUUAAAGGUAACCAUGAUAAUCAUCCAACUGUUAGCACUGUCACUCACUUAGAGUCUGUAUACUCACCUACUCAUCCUUUCUCAACCUCUUUACCUCAGCAGAUGAUUGUUCCUGUAAAUAUUGAUUCUUGGCAAGGCCAAGCUUUGGUUGACACAGGAUCUUCAUAUACACUGUUAAAUGAAAAAUUGUGGGUAACCAUGGGCUAUCACACUCAACAGCUAAGACCAUGGACUGAGGGUCCCAUUUAUUUGGCUGAUGGAGGAGCCCGGCAACCAUUAGGAUGGGGUGAAGUUCAAAUUGCAGUACAAACAUUAACUGUUCCCUUACCAGUGGUUGUCCUAGCCCCACAGAUGCUUGCCUUUCCUGUUGUGUUGGGUUUAGACUAUCUGUUUUUCAGUGGCCUGCAAAUGGACAUCCGGAACAAUGUCUAUUGGUUUCAUCCGGAUAAAAAAUAUUAUUUUCAGAAAAAUGAAGCUCACUUCCAUGAAUGGCAUAAUUCUUCCCCUCUUGCUCUUUUUUCUGCGCUUCCCCCUGGUACCUCAAAGGAAGAACUAAACCUUCUGUAUGUAGCGUGCCAAAACACCUGCCUAGAUGAAAGAGGAAAGGAACGUUUUCUGAUUCAACUCAAACAGAAUUCUGAUGUCUGCACAGAUGUUUUGGGGAAAACAAGUGUUUUGACACACAGAGUUUAUGUUAACCAAGAUGUUCCUAUAAGACAAAAGCCUUAUCGUGUUUCUCCUACGAAACAGAAGGUCAUCAAACAGCUGAUUGAUGAGAUGUUAGCUGCUGAUGUGAUCGAGCCUUCCUCCUCAGCAUGGUCUUCUCCAGUGGUAUUGAUUCCCAAGAAAACGGGUGGUUAUCGUUUCUGCGUAGACUAUCGGAAGAUAAAUUCAGUCUCUCAAUCAGAUGCCUAUCCACUGCCUACAAUCCAGGAAAUUCUUGAGUCCUUGAGUGGUGCUGUUGUUUUUUCCACCUUGGACCUCAACAGUGGAUAUUGGCAGGUUCAAAUGGAAGAGGACAGUCAAGAUAAAACUGCCUUCAUUUGCAGUCAGGGGCUAUUUAAUUUUAAGGUCAUGGCUUUUGGUCUUAAAAAUGCACCAGCGACCUUCCAGCGAUUGAUGGAGAGAGUCCUGGGAGAGCUACAGCGUAAGAACUGUUUUGUCUAUUUGGACGAUAUAAUCAUCUACUCUUCAUCAAUAGAACAGCACUUUCAUGACAUCCAGGCUGUGUUGGAUAAAUUAAAAGAGGCUAACCUGACUGUUAAUAUGAAGAAAACGCAUUUCUUCGGUACUUCUCUGAAGUUUCUUGGACACAUUGUGACUGCUACAGGAAUUAAGGCAGAUCCAGAGAAAACUAGAGCAGUCCAAGAUUUUCCUGUGCCAAAGAACAUAAAGGAAGUCCAGAGAUUUUUAGGCAUGGCUGGUUGGUAUCAUAGGUUUGUACCACACUUCUCUCAAGUGGCUGAACCCCUGAAUGCCUUAAAAAGGAAAGGUGUCAAAUUCCUUUGGACUUCACAAUGUCAAACUUCCUUCCAAGCUCUGAAACAGCUCCUUGUGUCUCCACCGGUGUUGGGACAUCCUAAUUUGAAUUUACCCUUUGUCAUCUACACUGAUGCAAGUGAGGUUGGCUUAGGAGCUGUUCUUGUGCAGCAAACAGGACUGGGCACUGAGGAGGUCCUGGCAUUUGCCAGCCGUACUUUAAACCCGGCAGAAAGAAAUUACACGACCACCGAGCAAGAAUGUUUGGCAGUCGUGUGGGCCCUCGAAAAAUGGAGGUACUACUUGGAAGGAAAAUUCUUCAUAGUCGUUACUGAUCACUCUUCCUUGAUGUGGGUCUUCAAAACACAGAAACCUAACACUCGUUUAAUUCGGUGGGCUCUUCGACUCCAGGAAUUCAACUUCACAGUGGAGCAUAGGAAGGGGAAGUAUAAUACGGUUCCUGAUGCUUUGUCUCGAGCUCCUGUUGACAUUAAUGAACCAGGCUUUCUGACUUGUUCCACUGCUGUAUCUUUGAAGUUAGAAGUGAAAUCCGAAAAAGAAGAUCUGCCAAUCUCUGACCAUGACAUCUGGAAGGCACAGCAGAUGGAUACUGACAUUCACCAUCUGUACGAACAAAUAGUAGAAUCAGGAGAAAUCACUGUCAAUUCCUCUACCAAAUUUUCCAUAUUAGAGGAUAAAGUCUACAGAGUUGUCCAGUUUCCACACAAAAUUGUGUACCAAGUUUACAUACCAAAACCUCUCCGAUCUCAAUUACUCCAGUUUCUUCAUGAAGACCCUCUUGCUGGUCAUCUUGGCAGAUUCAAAACAUUCAAAAGGUUGCAAGCUUUGAUGUACUGGCCUAACUUGAACCAAGAUGUCAAAGAGUUUGUACAAAACUGUACUAUUUGUCAACGUUACAAGCCUGAAUGUCGUCGAAUUUCAGGUCUCUUGCAACAAACCAUUGUACAACGUCCAUGGGAAAUGCUAGGAGUGGAUUUGAUGGGGCCAUUCCCCAGGAGCUCCUCUGGGAAUGUUUUUCUGAUAGUUUUUGUGGACUAUUAUUCUCGUUGGAUUGAGCUUUUUAGUCUGCGCAAGGCCACAGCUGAAAUCGUCUCCCAGAUACUCAUCAGAGAAAUACUUACCCGAUGGGGAAUCCCAGAUUACAUCUUGUCUGAUCAAGGAUCACAGUUUGUCUCCUCCGUGUUCCAGGAGCUCUGUAAAAAAUGGAACAUUGGACGCAAAAUGACAACUGCCUACCAUCCACAGACUAACCUCACUGAAAGAGUGAACCGUACGCUCAAAACGAUGGUGGCCUCGUAUGUCAGUGACAAUCAUAAACAUUGGGAUAAGCUCCUACCAGAGUUCAGAUUUGCUCUUAAUUCUGCUGUCCAUGAGUCCACAGGAGUAACACCGGCAGAGUUGAACAUCAAUCGCUCGCUCCGUGGUCCCAUGGAUGUCCUAUUGCAACCACGAGAUGUGUCACCUGAUGAUUCUUUCUAUGACAAAUUGACAGAAUUAAAUCAAAUGAAGGAGUAUGUUGAGAAGAAACUACAUUCAGCUCGUCAACGUCAAAAACGUAACUAUGACAAAAAUCGGAGAGAAGUGGUGUUUGAGGAAAAGGACAGAGUCUGGAUGCGCACUCACCCUUAUUCCAAGGCAAUUAAGUUUUUUUCAGCAAAAAUUGCUCCAAAAUGGCAAGGGCCCUACAGGAUAGUCCAGAAAUUAGGUCCUUUGAACUAUGAAAUUGUCCUGGAGGACACUGGAGAAGACUUAAGAGUGGUACACGUCUCUAGGAUUAAACCUUGCUUCCCCUCUGCACAGGAACUUGAAGCACAACAACGACGUCGAUUACUGGAAAUCUUUAAUGAGGACAGUGAUGGAGAGGAGUUUCUUGGAUUUACUGAGAAAAAUAUUGAAGACAUCUGAUUUGAUGCCUUACCCUAAUGGCCGGCUUUUCUUAAAGAGGGGGGAGUGUGACGAUGUCGUCAGGAAAUAAGUAAAUGUUUAUUAAUCCUAGUUAUUAGUCAUUUUUCAUUUAUAAAAUGAUUCGAGUUCAUUAUUCAUGGGAAUCGAAGUGACGUGUAUCUAGUAUGUGAAUCUGCGGUCGUCAUAGGAUAACGAUGCAGAUGGUGACGUCUUGGGGGACGGCCCAGUUACCUUUAUCUGGAUGACGUGCGCUGCUCAAAGAUUGGGAAGCGGCUGGCGGAAGUCAAGCCAGUGAGUGCACCUCGCGGAGCUCCGUUCGAAGACUCGCGAUUUAUUGUUUUAUCCGAGGCAAAAGUGUAUAAUCUGCAUCCUAAUCAAUCGCGCUCUGGAUCAUUAAAAGGAAAUCAUGGUAUCCUCGUCAUUGUGUUACAAGCGGAUGGUCGUUUAGACGCUGCAGGGCUAACAGUACGAGUGAGCAGUUCUAAAACCUGGGCGGAAUUGACGGAUUGGGAGCCUCCAGCCUGUAUACUAACUUCUGGGAAGUUCCAGCAAAACGUGGACCAGACUAUUAAAAGUAAACGGCGUCGUGAGUACACUACUAGGCCAGUUCUGAUGACUGUUUUCAAGUGACUUGACUGUUGACUGUUUUUUCAUCAUGGAGAAAUGUAUUUAUAUAUGUUCUCCUUUAUUGAUGAUGGGUACUAUAUGUCUUAAAUUGUUGUAAUUAUUA